AUGCAUAUGCUUUUUAUCUGUCUCUUUAUACUAAUAUGUGCUGAUACAACUUGUGCACAAGUAGUUCGACAGCUAUCGGGCUGCAAUGCUCCUGUAUGCUCUUUUCCGGGAGAUUCAAGUAUAACCUGUACACCUUGCUAUGGCUUUCAAACAGCUAACGGCAAAAACGUAUGCGCACCGGCAGUUGACUGCAGUUUAUUUGAUAGGUGCAUCAAUGGAACUAGCUGUUCGAGUAAUUCAACUGUUUGUGUGGUCAACACUUGUUGCUUGUCUCCUGUUUGUUUGCCGAUCUUCCUUAAUAGCACGUGCUAUACAGGACAGAUUUCAGCCUAUUCGACUACUAUUGCUGCUGCUAGUACUGUACCACUAUCUCAGAGUUAUUCCACAACCCCCCAAACGAUGAGUACAUCUGUACCAACAUCUACAACUACGGCUCUUAUGACAACUCGUAUCUGUCCAAAUGCAACAUGGAAUAAUACAUACACAGUUGUCGGUGGUGGAUACAGUGCCGUUAAUUAUGGAAGCAUCACCGAUAUCUUUGUUGAUGCCAAUAGAAACGUCUACGCCUCGUCUUAUGCCAACAUGGCAAUUAUGAAAUUUUUUGUCGGUAAUAUAAAUCCGAUAUUAGUGGGUAAUUCCAUGCCCUAUAUGCCCAUGGCCAUCUACGUCGACGCAGCUGGAACAAUUUAUUCCUGUGAAAUACGGAAUGGCCUAAAUGGUUCUACUCAAGGGCGUGUCCAACAAUAUGUUGCAGGCAACACGACUGGCACAACAUUACUUGGCGGUACAGGAUGCAACAAUACACUGACUUCUCUCUGUGGAUGUGGGGGUAUUAAUGUUGAUAAACAAGGACAACUUUACGUUUCGGAUACUUACAAUAAUCGUGUGGUAUUGUUCAAUGUAAGCUCCAAAGUAGUAAAUUAUGUUUUUGGAACGAAUGCCGUCUUCGGAUCUUCCCCAAAUCAGCUAACCAAACCGUGGUCUAUCUCUGUCGACGCCAACAACAACGUGUAUGUCUUUGACAACUUCAUCCAAUCUCAAUACGCUACCUCGUAUGGACCCAGCCGCGUUGUACGAUUCAACGCCGGUGCUGUUAUCGGUACGACCGUCGUUCCUAUUGUUAACAACGGUUAUACGAUGGGAGUCGAUCAGUUUGGUCAAAUAUACACGACCCAGUUUACUGGAAAUGGUUAUAGUCCGGCAGUUUAUUCGCAGAUUUCAAAAUGGAGCUCCAUCGGAACCACUUUCACAGUAGCGAUUAAUGGCAUUACAACAUUACCCAACAAUCCGCUAAGUCAUUUCUAUGGCGUUCGUUUUGAUUCGGACGGUCGAUAUUAUCAUCGAAUUCGUGGUGGUGCUAUGGGUUCAUCCUAUAUGCAUAUGAAGAAGAAUAUUCCAUUCGCUAUGUUACUUCGAGCGAUUAGAUAUUAUUCAACAUUCAAAGCAGUUUUAAAUGAACGUGAAGAUUUAAGAAUGGCUUUAUUAUUAAACAAAUAUCUAUGUGUUUUUAUGGAUAAACAUUUUAAUCGUGUCCUACAAAAAUUCAAUAUCAAUCAGCCAUUGACUAGUAAUAACAAGUAA